CAAAAUUUUGUGAUAUUUUAGCUUAAGUUAAGGACCUUUGUGUGAGAAAAGAUUGUUUUGGGGUUUAAUGUGAAUAUUCUGAAAGCUGAGGGACUUAAAAAGGGAAAAGAAUUUGGAUAAGGAUGGCUUCAUUUCUUUUUCUUUUUCCUUCUUUCUUUCUUCUCCAGCCCGCGCAUCUGCUCAUUCUUCUUCUUCCCGAAGCCCCCCAAGCCACCGACCUUCUUCCCCCUUGAAAAACCCGGUGAGAUCUUGAUGAAUUUCUCUUCCUUUCUUGUUAAAUCACAAGAUUUGGGGCUUAGAAUCUUCCCUCUCAACCCAGAAAAUUCUGGUUCUGCUCUGCUCUUCUUCCUUGUCCGCCGGCUGCUGUGGGUUUGAAUUUCUGGGCAUUUUUCGGGUAAGCCACAGCCAAGAAAUCAUCCCCUUAGCCUUGAUUUAACUUGGGUUACUCUAAUUUUUGGUUGUGGUUCUUGAAUUUUGGGUAGUUUCCGUGAGUUUCCCCUGCAGAUGCCGCUGGCUUCUUCUCCCUGUCAGCUCCGGUUUGCUUGCUGGAAUUCAGGUAUGUUGACAGCCCCAUUAAGUCCGAAAUUACCCAUUUAAUUGUUGGGUUUUGUCCAUUAAGUGCUGCCCUGUGUUUGCCCGAAUUUUUGCUAAAAUGGAGGAGGAAUUUCCUGUAGCAUUUAACAGCAUUUAAAUGUGUUUUAAGCUUGUUUACGUAGAAUUUAGCUUGAAUUAGCUGCUGUGAUGUUUUGUGUGAGAAAAUCCCGGGUGUGAGUGUGGCUUUUGCCGAGCCAUUUUCUCCAUUUUUUUAUCCCGGGAGUUGGUAGCUUAAGUGGGUUUUUGUUUAAUUUAAGUGGAAAUUAGCUUGAAUUGGGUUGUUGUGAUUUUGGAGUGAAAUCCCGUGAAUUAGUUAUUGUUUUGCUAAGUUUGGAAGUUGAAGUUACUGUUCAUGGGCACUGUUCAUGGGCACUGUUUGCACCUUGAGAGUCAACGAUUAACGGGGAUUUAAAUGAUUAGUUUGUGAUAUAAGAACGAAUUUGGAGAUAUCUGAUAAUGUGGAGAUUUAUAGAAAUAGCAUUGUGAUUAGGGGAUGAUCCUAAUGAUGAUUUCAGUUUGAAUUUGUGGUGAUACGAUGAUUAAUUGUGGAUAUUUUGAUUAGGUUUUCGAUCGUUCUGUCAAUUAGCAUUGAGAUUGAAUCUUCAGUUUAUGCGAGUGAGGUAAGUAAAUUUAUGGUAAUGCC